UCCAUGGCACAAACGUAAAUAACUUACCAAAGUUUGUUGGAAUCCAACCAACUGUCUUUCUUCUUCCUUUCCUUCCUAAAACAUUUGAACCAGCUCCGUUUCGGUUCACCCACCGUCACCUCUCCUCCGAUCAAUCUCCGGCGAUCCCUCCGAUCAUUCUCCGGUGGGUGUAGAGAAAUCGGAACGAUGAGUGAGGUAUUUGAUGGGUACGAGCGUCAAUAUUGUGAGCUAUCGGCUAUUCUUUCGAGACAGUGUACUGCAGCUUCUGCUCUUGAUGGAGAACAGAAGAAGCAGAAACUGUCUGAAAUAAAAGCUGGAUUGGAGGAUGCUGAUACGUUGAUUCGGAAAAUGGACCUUGAGGCUAGGAGCUUGCAGCCAAGUAUGAAGGCAACCCUUCUUGCCAAAUUAAGGGAAUAUAAAACUGAUUUGAACAAUUUGAAAAAUGAAGUUAAAAGAGUCGCAUCAGCUAAUGCCAGCAUCACUGCUCGAGACGAGUUGUUGGAGUUAGGAAGGAUUGAUUCAUUAGCGGUAUCAAAUGAUCAAAAGGGAAGACUUUUGAUGACUACUGAGAGAUUAAAUCAAUCCACUGAUAGGUUAACAAACAGCAGAAAAACAUUGCUGGAGACAGAGGAGCUCGGUGUCUCUAUCCUCCAAGAUUUGCAUCAACAACGCCAAUCUCUACUCCAUGCCCAUAAAUCGCUCCAUGGAGUGGAUGAUAACAUUAGCAAGAGCAAGAAAAUUUUGGCAGCUAUGUCAAAAAGGAUGAGCAGGAAUAAAUGGAUUGUUGGCUCCUUGAUGGCAGCUCUGGUCCUUGCAAUCAUAUUAAUUCUAUAUUUUAAGUUUACACAUUAGUCUGCUAUCUUUGUUAUAUAGUUGUAUCACAGAUUCAAGUGUUUGUUGCUCAUCAAUGUGACAAUGUUUCAAGAGUUAUGUGAGAAAUAGUUCUUCCAUGUUUCUCUUAUUA